GGGGUGGAGCAGUGGGAGAAAUUCAUAGGGCGUAUGAGGAAGUUAUAAUAGACGUGGGAAAAAAGAACAACAGGAUUUUAUGUUCAGCCGGAUAGUGAGCUUUACCACUUUGAAAAUGCCUGCAAAGAAAGUCUGCAUCGUCGGAUCUGGAAACUGGGGCUCCUCCAUUGCCAAAAUCAUCGGGCACAAUGUCAGAGCGUCCAACCGGUUCGACCCAAUGGUGAAUAUGUGGGUUUAUGAAGAAAUGAUCAAUGGGAGGAAGCUCACAGAGAUCAUUAAUACCGAGCACCAAAAUAUCAAAUAUCUGCCAGGCCACAAGCUCCCCAAGAAUGUGGUCGCCAUUCCCGACAUCACAGAAGCUGUCAAAGGAGCAAAGAUCCUUGUCUUUGUAAUCCCACAUCAGUUCAUCAGCAACGUCUGUGAUCAGAUGAAACCUCACAUCACGGAGGGCACCAUUGGGAUAUCGCUCAUCAAAGGUAUCGAUGAGGGACCAGAUGGACUGAAGCUCAUCUCAGACAUAAUCAGGGAGAAACUAGAGAUUGAGGUCAGCGUUCUGAUGGGGGCCAACAUCGCCAGCGAGGUGGCAGAUGAGAAGUUCUGUGAAACCACCAUCGGGGCAAAAAAUGAGGCAAAUGGCCAAAUCCUCAAAGAGCUGCUUCAGACUCCCAACUUCCGCAUCACUGUCGUAGAGGAGAGUGACACAGUGGAGCUGUGUGGAGCUCUAAAGAAUAUCGUGGCAGUAGGUGCUGGCUUCUGCGACGGCCUCGGUUUUGGCGACAACACUAAGGCGGCGGUGAUCAGGCUGGGUCUGAUGGAAAUGGUUGCCUUCGCCAAGUUGUUCUGCAAAGGCCCAGUGAGCUCCGACACCUUCCUGGAAAGCUGUGGCGUUGCUGAUCUCAUCACCACUUGCUACGGGGGACGAAACCGCAAAGUCGCCGAGGCCUUUGUCAGAACGUCUAAGUCUAUUGCUGAGCUGGAGGCAGAAAUGCUCAACGGGCAGAAGCUGCAGGGUCCACAGACCUCAGCUGAGGUCUACAAGCUCCUACAAAAGAGGGACAUGGUCAACAUGUUUCCAUUGUUUUCUUCCGUCUACCAGAUCUGCUUCGAGGGCAAAGAGGUGAAAGAGUUCAUCACCUGUCUGCAGAACCACCCAGAGCACAUGUAAUGUCCACUGCUGCACCUUCAGUAGCAACUUACUGCCACUAGAGGGCGGAAGAGAUUCAUCAGACAGAAACGCACAAUUCAACAAAGCAGAUACAACCAAGCGCACUUUUACUUAUUGUUUUUAUUGGUGAUAGUUCAUAAUGGAGUUCUCUUGACUUUAAAAGGAUUUAUUAUUGAUUUUGCUCUCAUUUUGUUUAAUAUUCUUUUAGCUGGUAGCUGCAGGUGUUACAAUACAGAGCUCCUAUUAAAGCAGAUCACUCCGCUUCUGUUAUUGUCAAAUAUAUGAAUUUUGUAUGGGAGUACAGAAACACAACCAUGUUUGUCUGAUUUACUUUUUACUACAUGACAGUGAGAUUACAGUCUCAAAAUUUUUAAAGGAUUGUGUUUAUUUGUCAAAAUGUGGGGUCUUUUUCUCAAUAAAAAUAAUCUCAGAGGAAAUUGAA